AUGGAAUCUGAUAAUUCCUCUGUUCCACUCCAGAGCUCGCAGGCUGUUUGUCGAAUCCCCACAGGCAUAUAUUCCCUGCCCUUAGAGCUUGUGGGUUUGAUUGCUGAGGAGGUUACGAAGAAUGAAGGGAUGAAUACAAAUACUCGCAGUAGAACAUGUAGCAUUCCAGCGUUCGUUAGAAGCUUAAAAUGCGAUGUUGGCCAACCGUGGCGUGGAGCGUAUCUCUUUGCUCUUGAUACUUGUAAUAAAGACUUCGUUCAUUCACUCCAUUUUGCCAAUGGUUGGAAAUUCUUGAUGGAUGGCGAAGAGCGUCAACUCGUUCGAAAUAUUGUCGUCAAAUACGUACCAGGGCAAUCUGUCUCCUCGAAACAGGCUGCCCGGCUCGUGGCCAAGAAAUCCGCGGGAAAAUUGAGCAGUGCGGAAGCCAAACAAUAUUAUUCCAUGGUGCCAUUGCCAGAGGACUUGAAUAGGUCCUUGAACGAUCUACCUAAACUUCGCACAGUUCAAAUGGAAUUCAAGACCUUCUUAGCAGCCUUCAAAACUACAUAUCUGGGCAUGUUUAGAGUCUUAAAAUCUUUCUUCGAUGACCAUGAAGGUUUCAAGUUGGAAGACGCCAUGAUUGAGCCCAGGAGCAAUGCAAAAUUUUCUCGGGUACCAAACAAACCUCGCUGGGAAAUUGGGGUACAGGAAAUCGAGCGAAUUUUGAUUACAGAAAUUACAGAGAUAGCAGGCCGCGAUGUCUGUUUUCUUCUUGCCAAUAACAUCUGGAAAUUGGAAGAUGCCGAUAGAAGAAAAAUUGCUGCCGAAAACACUGCGGUUUUAAAUCUUGAGAAUAUCUCAGAUCUCGUCUUAGGCUUUCAAGUUGCCCGAGAAUUGAGCCAAUGUACAUGGACUUUUAUAUUUGAAAGAGCAGUACGUCGAUACUAG